AAAGAAGCGCCAGAGUCUGCGCAAAACGAACAGGUCUAGUGGUCGCGCUGCUUGUGCUGUCACGAGCCUUGUCCAAGGCUACCGAGUAGUGAAUUGACAUAAAUUAUUGACGACAUCGAAUUGCCUUCGUUUAGCCAUCGGACAUACGUCAUUAUUGGAAUAGAUACAUUGUGGAAAUACGAUGGUAUGCUGACUGAUCACGGUCAACUGGUGAUGUUUUCCAAUAUUUGAUAUAGCUAGCUAGCCAGCUAACAUUAGCUGUUUAGCUAGCUUGCCGUGCGUGACUCACUGACAAGAGUCAGAGAUCAGACUGAGUGGCAAUUUUUUGGCAUUGUGCUUUUUCUCUGAUAUCUGGAUAUAUAACGUUAAUAUAUUUCGCGGGUAGAUAUAGUUAGUUACAACUGCGUAUACUUUAACUGUCAUCUGGUCGUGAACGAAGAGAAGGUUUGAAUGAAUUUGCUAGCCAGCGGAAACGUCGGCUAGUUAACACGGAUACACUUGGAGUAACCAUACUGCUAGUUUGCUGAAUUGAUCAACGGCACUGUCAUCCAAACUAGCUAAUCUACAUACCUAGCAAGCUAUUAUAAACGUGCUAUCUUUGGUAAAACGCCAAGGAACAUAAACGGUUAAAGGUUGGUUAGCUGGCUAACUAGCUAGGACACAAGCUAACACACCCUGCACUGUAACACCUAAACGCCAGCUGACGUUUGAUAGCUGACCAUCGACAAUUCAUUUUUUACGGGAAAGGCCGGAGUGAGGACAGAAACCAGCAAAAAUGCCGGCUGUGUCGAAGGGAGAUGGGAUGCGCGGAUUAGCGGUGUUCAUUUCGGACAUACGGAAUUGUAAGAGCAAGGAGGCAGAGAUCAAGCGGAUCAAUAAGGAGCUGGCCAACAUCCGCUCCAAAUUCAAGGGGGAUAAGGCACUGGACGGCUAUAGUAAGAAGAAGUAUGUCUGCAAGCUGCUCUUCAUCUUCCUGCUGGGACAUGACAUUGACUUUGGACACAUGGAGGCUGUCAACCUGCUCAGCUCCAACAAGUACACAGAGAAACAGAUCGGAUACCUGUUCAUCUCGGUGCUGGUAAACAGCAACAGCGAGUUGAUCCGCCUCAUCAACAACGCCAUCAAGAACGACCUGUCUAGCCGCAACCCCACCUUCAUGUGCCUGGCCCUACACUGCAUCGCCAACGUGGGCAGCCGCGAGAUGGCCGAGGCCUUCGCUGGAGAGAUACCCCGCAUUCUGGUGGCUGGGGACACCAUGGACAGUGUGAAGCAGUCUGCUGCCCUGUGUCUUCUGCGUCUGUACAAGGCCUCCCCAGACCUGGUUCUGAUGGGGGAGUGGACCUCCCGGGUGGUGCACCUCCUCAACGACCAGCACAUGGGUGUUGUCACGGCAGCCAUCUCCCUCAUCACCUGUCUCAGCUCGAAGAACCCAGAUGAGUUCAAAACCUGUGUGUCCCUGGCUGUUUCUCGUCUGAGCAGGAUUGUGUCGUCAGCCUCCACUGACCUGCAGGACUACACCUACUACUUUGUCCCGGCCCCGUGGCUCUCCUGUAAACUGCUGCGCUUGCUGCAGUGCUACCCCCCGCCAGAGGAUGGCGCCGUGAAGGGCCGCCUGGUGGAGUGUCUGGAGACCAUCCUGAACAAGGCCCAGGAACCACCCAAGUCCAAAAAGGUGCAGCACUCCAACGCCAAGAACGCCAUCCUGUUCGAGGCUAUCUCACUCAUCAUCCACUACGACAGUGAGCCCAACCUGCUGGUGCGUGCCUGUAACCAGCUAGGUCAGUUCCUGCAGCACAGAGAGACCAAUCUGCGCUACCUGGCUCUGGAGAGCAUGUGUACCCUGGCCAGCUCGGAGUUCUCCCAUGAGGCCGUCAAGACGCACAUCGAGACCGUCAUCAACGCACUCAAGACUGAAAGGGAUGUGAGUGUUCGCCAGAGGGCUGCUGACCUGCUCUACGCCAUGUGUGACCGUAGCAACGCCAAGCAGAUCGUUGCCGAGAUGCUCAGCUACCUGGAGACAGCCGACUACUCCAUCAGAGAGGAGAUGGUGUUGAAGGUGGCCAUCCUGGCAGAAAAGUAUGCGGUGGACUACUCAUGGUAUGUUGACACCAUCCUUAACCUCAUCCGCAUUGCCGGGGACUACGUCAGUGAGGAGGUGUGGUACCGAGUCAUCCAGAUUGUCAUCAACCGUGACGACGUGCAGGGCUACGCCGCCAAGACUGUCUUUGAGGCGCUGCAGGCCCCAGCCUGUCAUGAGAACAUGGUGAAGGUGGGGGGGUACAUCCUGGGAGAGUUUGGAAACCUCAUCGCCGGGGACCCCCGCUCCAGCCCUCUGGUCCAGUUCAACCUGCUCCACUCUAAGUUCCACCUGUGUUCGGUGCCCACGCGCGCCCUGCUGCUCUCGGCCUACAUCAAGUUCAUCAACCUGUUCCCAGAGACCAAGGCCACCAUCCAGGAGGUGCUUCGCUCCGACAGCCAGAUCAGGAACUCUGACGUGGAGCUGCAGCAGAGGGCCGUGGAGUACCUCAAGCUCUCCUCCAUCGCCAGCACCGACGUCCUGGCCACUGUGCUGGAGGAGAUGCCUCCCUUCCCAGAGAGGGAGUCCUCCAUCUUGGCCAAGCUGAAGAAGAAGAAGGGUCCGGGUGCCGUGUCGGUAGAGCUGGAGGACGGCAAGGAGAGAGGAGAGCUCAACGGUGGAGGGGACAGGGCGGGUGACGCUGCCAUCGCAGCCUCUAACGCUUCCACCCCCUCCCCUUCAGCGGAUCUGCUUGGCCUUCGUUUCGGCCGCUCCUGUUAGUGGGGCCACUCCCAGUGCAGGCAGCCUAUUGGU